AUGGCUAUGUACCAAGUCAACGCAAAUUGCCACGUGAACCAUGCCGGUGGCAAAGGCAUUGGGCUGUUCGCAUCACAGUUCCUAUCAAAAGGCUUGUUGAUUCUAGCCGAUCAGGUCAUCCUAGGCUAUGAGACCCGUGAUGAGGCCAUUCAGAACAUAGUACGAGACUGCAAUGCAUUGGACAGUGAGACAAAGUCCACAUUUUUACGACUCUUCGCCGGACCCACCGACAUUGCUCCUAUAGUGAGAAAUGGCACUUUGCGGCAACAGCUAAUGAUGGCCCCUGAGAGGCUCAGAAACAUAGCGCGGUACAACGCAGUAGAGGGCCACGGCACCGGAUGUGCCAUUGCCUUUGGAUCUUCAGCCGUAAACCAUAGCUGUAUACCAAACGCUUUUCUGUAUUGGAACAAUGACAGGGGUCUGAUGACACUGUAUGCACAGCAGCGAAUCGAACCAGGCACAGAAAUUACCAUCAAUUACCUCCAAGAUAACAUUUACCACACGAGUGCACAGAGAGCCAGUCGCCUGGGGACCUAG